AUGUAUUUUCACACUUUUAUUUUAUCAGUUUUAUUUAGGAUAUCAGUGUGCAUGUUGAGGGACUUUUCUACUUGUCAUGACGAUUUUAAUUUGAAACCCCCUGAUGGAAUACUAAAGGAACACACAUUCAGUUGGCUUGGCUUUGUACAAUAUCUACAUGUGACAACCGGUUUACCCCACCACAGCAAAGCGCCCCGCGUGGUUCUUAUACACAAGCAAUUUGCAGUCGGUACUGCUACAGAUAUGCUGAAUUUUCCAAAAAAUUAUAAACUCGGCAACGUUAUAUUUGGCGACUAUGAAAGAGACGAAGAGGACUGCGGUUUAACUCGUUCACAGGCCAAAAUGGGUGUCAAAUGUCCUCGUGCAUACUUCGAAAUGCCACUAGUUGAUAUCACGCCACAUCCUGAAUAUACUCGGUUCGGAGUUGGCAAUAGUCUGGCUUUGGUGAAAUUUCUUCGACCUGUUAAAUCUCAUUACAUGAUCCCAAUUUGUUUACCCACUUUAAUUGAACGUGAAAAUAAGCGAAAAAAUAAAGCAGUUUUUAUGGUCGACUAUUUAAGUUCUGUACCUAAAGACUUCGACUCAGAGAAAAUGGCUAAAAAGACAUUGAAAAUGUACACUCAUAAAGACUGCCGAAGACAUCGGAUGCGAUCACAACUAGGGAGCGAGGGUGUCACACACGUGCUAUGCAGUUCUGGUUGUGGGAUUCGCCCUGGAGCCCCCAUAGUCAGUCACGCCCUUGAAGGAACCUUCCAGCUUAUAGGCAUAGCAGCUGGCGGUGCUCCGUGCGCCCGUAGAUCUAUGCGCCGGAAACUUAAUCGUGAACCGCCUCUCUACAUAGACGUAUAUCCCUACGCAUCGUGGAUCAUCAACUACAUUACCGCACAUGUGCUUCCACGACCAUAUCCAGAAAAUUUUAUGCUGGCAGAAGAAGGCUCAAGUAUGGGUAUCCAUCGAGAGUACUUGAGAGCGCGACGAAAACAAAAAUCUGGGUGGCGAGCACGUACCUACGUCACUGGUGACUAUUGCUUCAAAAGUUUAAAAAAGCAACGGAAGACAGCAUUUUUCUAUUCAGAACAAUUUGAAGUUAACGCUGAUCCCCCUGCUAAAUUAAAUGUCAUAAUGAAGCUAUCGGCUGGAAUAGAAUGCACCAUUGUCUGUGCUCGUCUGUUGCUCCCGAACCGUUUAUCUAAGCCCGAAAUCGAAGGAGUUGGUGGUUACAAUAUUACCAUAACUUUUAACACCCUGUGGUUUCCCUACACUUUUUACUUUUCUUUGGGAUUAAAUGGAAAAAAUACCACUGAGAGAGAUUUCUCAAAAUGGAUUGGUGAAAGAUCACCUGGAUUCUGGUAAACUAGGAAAUAUACAGUUUUUAAGGGA